UAGCUAACCAACUGUUAUCACCCAUAUUUAUUCUCUGUGCGUAUUUGCUCUUUUUAUCGCGGGCGUUUCUCAUUAACGACUAAAACGGGUGUCAAAGUCCAUGUUUACGGAGCUAAGACUUUAUAAAACUCAGGCGCGCUAGGCGGUUAUAGCCUUCAAAAUAAAAGCCUUUUCAAGCACACUGGCAUUGUACCGUUUUGCGUAGUCACUACACUUCCGGUUUGCACUGGCUUUCUGACUGACUUGAUGAAGUCCUGCUUCAAAAGCGGGGUUUUCACGCACGUGUAUGCGCAUGCACGCUCUUAUUCACGCUCUCUUUCAAACACACGCUCCCCCACCCCACACACACACAUACACUCCUUUCUCUUUUCAAAUGCCUCUUGUGAAGCAGAUUGACAGGCUAGAAUGAAAAUGAGGCGGACGCUCGGUCACGACUUCAGUGCGUACGCGUCCUUUUGAGAAGACCUCUAAACUUGGAUCAUAUCACCAUGGGAGCUAUUUGGGCUGCAAGGGACUUUUGUUUGUUUUUCCUCUUGUUAAAUAGUCGCCAAAGCGCAGCGCUUCCAGAGAUUCGAGACCCAUGCGCAGAGGGAAGUGAUGGCUGUCACAUUGAUGCUAUUUGUCAAACUACCCAAGGCUCGUACAAGUGCACGUGUAAAGCUGGCUUUAAAGGAGAUGGAAAACACUGCGAAGAUACUGAUGAAUGUGACUUGGAGAACAAUGGAGGCUGUGUACAUGAGUGCAACAAUAUACCAGGCAAUUAUCGCUGCACUUGUUAUGAUGGAUUCAAUCUGGCACAUGACGGACAUAACUGUAUAGAUGUGGAUGAAUGCAAGUUCAACAAUGGUGGGUGCCAACACACUUGUGUCAACACCAUGGGCAGUUAUGAGUGCCGCUGCAAAGAGGGCUUCUUCCUGAGCGACAACCAGCACACAUGCAUCCAACGCUCUGUGGAGGGCCUCAACUGUAUGAAUAAGGACCACGGCUGCGCUCACAUCUGCAAAGAGACACCCAAAGGGGGUGUGGCCUGUGAGUGUCGUCCAGGAUUCGAGCUGGCCAGGAACCAGAGAGGCUGUAUCUUAACUUGUAACCAUGGCAAUGGAGGCUGCCAGCAUACCUGUGAGGACACAGAGAACGGUCCAAUAUGCAAGUGUCAUGUCAGAUACACCCUGCAACCUGACAAGAGGUCGUGUGUAGAACGAGAUGAAGCCACCACCGAGUCCUCAAACCAUAACGCCACAUCCUUUACUGAGGUGGACAAACGGGUCAAGCGAAGACUGUUAAUGGAGACCUGUGCGGUGAACAAUGGCGGGUGUGACUGCACCUGUAAAGACACAUCCACAGGUGUGCGCUGCAGCUGCCCCAUUGGUUUCACACUGCAGCCCGAUGGAAAGACGUGCAAAGAUAUUGAUGAGUGCGAGCUUCACAAUGGUGGUUGCGAUCACUUCUGCAGGAACACCAUUGGUAGCUUUGAAUGCAACUGCAGAAAAGGCUUCAAGUUGCUGACGGAUGAACGUUCCUGUCAAGAUAUAGAUGAGUGUUUCUUUGAGAGGACAUGUGAUCACACAUGUGUGAACUCCCCUGGUGGUUUUCAGUGUCUGUGCAACAAGGGCUACACCAUGUAUGGACUGGCCCACUGUGGAGAUAUAAAUGAAUGCAGUGUGAACAAUGGCGGUUGUGAGCAUGGUUGUGAGAACACCAUGGGUGGAUUUGAAUGCUUUUGCCAUCCUGGCUAUAGGCUACAUUGGAACAAAAAGGACUGCAUUGAGGAUGAGGGUUUGCCACCUGCAAAACCCCCCUCUAAACCUACCUUGAACUGUAGCAAACAGGAGGGAGGGGACCACUGCUUCCUGACAUGCCAGUCCCAGGUUCACAUCAGCAGUGGGGCAGAGGAUUCUUACACGGUGACCUGUGGAAUGCCUCUGCCUUGCUUGGCUGACGCACAAAAGAACAACAGUGGCUUGUACUGCUUAGGCCCAGAAACAACCAGUGUUCCACGCAUUAAGACCACAGCCACUUUUAAAUCAGGCGCUGCAAGGUGCAAUUUAAAACGAAGUCAGGAGAAACUCAAGGAGAGCUUAAACUCAGCGCACUCAGAUAGCAGGUUCUUCUUCACUGAAAAUGUGCAGUUCAGCUAUGUGAGCCUGCGCUGCACCUCCUCAGGGCAGCGAUCACGCAGCCGCCAUGGCAGGAAAGCUGGUGAGGAGGAUGGCUCCUCGAUCACAGCUGAGUUUGAGCUGGAUGUAAACCUCGAGGAGGUAACAGCAGAGAGCUGUGAUAUGAACUGUGUGCGCCGACGCUCAGAGAAGAAGCUCAGGAAGACCAUCAGGACCCUUAGGAAGUCCAUCAACCGGGACCAGUUCCACUUCCACUUUGCUGGGUCUGCCUACGAGCUAUCUAAGGGUCUGGGCCAGCUAGCAGAGCUGGCGGGACACUGCGUGGCAGGACAGGUGCUGGUGGGCCGGAAGUGUGUGAGCUGCAGUGUUGGGACUUACUAUGACAGGGAUCAGGGAAGGUGUGUGUUAUGUCCGGCUGGGACGUAUCAGGAUGAGGAGGGACAAACAUCUUGUGAGGUCUGUCCUGGACCUGAAGGAAGACCAGUCUCCAAGGUGGUCGGAGCUCGAAACAUGUCCCAGUGUGGAGGUCAGUGUUCACCAGGUCAGUACUCCCAUAAUGGCUUGAUCCCCUGUCUGCCCUGCCCACUGGGAAGGUACCAGCCAGAGGUGGGCCGCACUUCCUGCUUCCCUUGUGGAGGAAACCUGGUCACCAAGCACAGUGGUGCUGUUACCUUUCAGGAGUGUGAGACCAAAGUCCAGUGCUCGCCAGGACAUUACUACAACACCAGCACACACCGCUGCAUCCGAUGUCCGAUGGGCACAUAUCAAGGAGAGUUUGGUCAGAACUACUGUGUCGCCUGCCCCGGAAAUACCACAACUGACUUUGAUGGCUCCACUAAUAUCAUGCAGUGCAAAAACCGACAAUGUGGAGGAGAGCUGGGAGAUUUUACUGGCUACAUUGAGUCUCCCAACUACCCAGGCAACUAUCCAGCCAAUAUUGAAUGUACUUGGAUCAUCAACCCACCGCCCAAACGCAGGAUCCUAAUUGUGGUCCCAGAGAUUUACCUGCCUAUUGAGGAUGAGUGUGGAGACUACUUAGUAAUGAGAAAAAGCUCUCUCUCCAACUCUGUGACAACCUACGAGACUUGUCAGACAUACGAACGCCCAAUUGCUUUCACCUCCCGCUCCAAGAGGCUUUGGAUACAGUUUGGGUCCAAUGAGGGAAACAGCGGAAAAGGCUUCCAGGUCCCAUAUGUGACAUAUGAUGAGGACUACCAAGAACUGAUAGAAGACAUAGUCAGAGAUGGAAGAUUAUACGCUUCAGAGAAUCACCAGGAAAUUCUCAAGGACAAGAAGCUCAUGAAGGCACUGUUUGACGUACUAGCUCACCCACAGAAUUUCUUCAACUAUACAGCACAAGAAUCACGAGAAAUGUUCCCUAAAUCCUUCAUCCGCUUCCUGCGCUCCAAAGUCCUGAGAUUCCUUCGACCUUAAAAAGGUCUGCCACUGAUUUUUCAUAAUAAGCUUAGAUUAGAUACUGGCCACAGUAUCUGUUUUUGUCACUGACCCCUUUAAGAUUAUUCUAUAGUUAUCAGUUUUCACCUGACGUGAUACUACAUUGGACAGCACACUUAAUAAAACUAGUCCUGAAGGCAAAGUGGGCAAGCAAGUGAACUUUUAACUGGAGCUUUAAGAGGAAGAAAAUGAUCAGUGAGGCAGUAGAGAGUGUGGACCUCCAGGGUCGUCCUCAGAAAGGAAUCAGGAUCCCUUCCCUUUGUAUGGAAAUUUGGAAAUGUGUUUAAGUAGCAGAAGAAUUAUGAGUUUAUACAGCAAUUUAUACAUGAGUUUAUACUGAUGAUUUUAAAUUCUUUAGAUUUUAAAGUCACCAUCUCAGUAUUCAAAUCCAAAGCACAAAUCGGUAUUAUAGCUAAAAAUUGUACAUGCUAACAUUAUGAGAAUUCUGCUAAUAACGAUGUGAUGAAAAACAAAUACAUUGGCAGAACAGACAUACACUGAUUGUCUGUGAUACUGUAUCUAGUUUUAACAUAGGGUACUUUCACAGUUAGAAAUGAAUUAUUGACAGCAAUACUGCUAAACCCCUGAAACAAACACAGUAUAGCACAAAUGUUUUCUUUGGGACAUUAGCACUACUGAAGAAGUAGUGGUACCACAGAAGCAAUUAUUCUGAUCAGUGUUUUGUAAAUGAUGUAAAAAGAUUUACGUGAAAUGCUAAUGUUUUGUAGCAACUACAUCCAUUUUUACAGUAUAGCAUUGCUGCAGUUGCUGGUGGCCCAUGUAUUUGACGUUCUGAUGUGUCUGAAGGAGUGCUACUGUUCCGAAAAACCUUUUCACUGUCCAGAAAAUUUCACAGUGGCUUUCAUGCAUUUGUGAUCUACUGAGACACUAGUAUGCAUUAAUAGGCUGUAUUUUGUAUUGUGGACUUGCGGCCAAAGACAGUUCAGAUACUCAGAGAAUUGGAAGUUAUAUAGGGUCAUGAAAAGAAAGUCUUGUAAUAUAGACCUGAGCGAUUCACCUUUUUUAGAUGAUACAUGUAUGUAUAUUUUUAUGGUUUUGUACAUCUAAUAUGCUGUAAAUAA